GAUUACAAACCGAAAACGUAAACAACAACAGGGAUGGUCGAAUGAGAAGGCGUGCUACGUUUAAUUAUCCAUAACUGAAGUUUUGGGAUAUACAGAAGGUUUGACAGUUUACAACAAGAUCCCAACAUGUGACUGUCUGUGAUGAAGAAGGGUGUAUGGAUAAAGAUAUAACAGACUUUUUGGAAAAAUCUCAGUUGUAUGGCUUCAAAUCAACACAACACAGUCAUAUUCAAUGGCUUGAGAGUGUGUAUAGAGUGUGGAGGCCUGUGGCUGCGGAGGCUGGGGUCGCUGUAGAGGAUGUACUGGGUACAGUGGUGGAGGUCUGUCAGGAUGUGGAUACCCUGGUACAGUGUCUGGGGGUAGACUUGGCCUGGUGUAGGGGACAGGACAGGGCCUUCCAUAGCCAGCUCACAGCUCCACUCGCCACACCACCCACAGCUGGAGAUGGCCGAGUCUCGGAGGAGACAUUAAAAAACAAAAGGUGCAUUUUAGUUGGACGGUUGACAACAGCCUUACCAGAUCAGCCAGGAGAGCUAGUCAUAUCGGACUCAACAUCUUCUCUCCCUGUUGAGGUGAGACACUCUGACUGUGAUGAGUUGCUGGGAUUGUUAGAUCAGUGGGCAGUGUUCCCGUCCUGGAACCUCAUCAUUAUAAAGAGAGGUAAAUGUUACCUGGAGUUGUGUGCUAAGCCAGUAUUGAUGAGAUGUGCCUCAUAUCAACCUCUCCUGUCCAAACAACUCCCAGUCCUCUCUGUAAAAGCUGCAUCAACCCUGCUUCUCCACAAGGACACUAUAAAGCCAGGCUGUCUAGACAUGGUCACCACUAUUGAAGCUGUUGGGGAAAUCCACAGAGUGAAAACGGAUCUACUGUUUUGUAUUCGGCUCCCUCACACUGUUAACAUCAUUGUCAAGAAACCAGAGUUUCUAUACUGGCAGAAGUUUCUUAUACCUGGAAAUAAGAAAAUAUUCACCUCCAUGAGAGCUACAACACUAAAGAAGGUAAACUAUAGAAUCAGGGUACUCCUCAGUCCCACCUCACAGGGCUAUACCUGUGUGUCAACUCAGGAAUGGUUACAAGGACAUGAUGGUGAUACAGAUGUACUAGACAGGAUCACAUCUGAGGAGACGGAUGAUGAAGAGGAGGAAGAUUUGGAUAUGGCAUCUUAUCAGGGAAUCGUGACCUCAGAUGAUCUAGCCCCUUUCGGGAUAUAUGAACUUGAUGCGAAAGUUGGGCUGUGUGUGAGCUGUGUACCAGCUGUCCACAAGUACCAGUUCCUCAGGGUCGGGUCAAAAGUUAUCAUUUACAAUGCUCACUUCAGCCGUUCAAAACAGUUUCCACACACAAGAGUUAUGUGUUGCACAAGCAGUUGUGUCAAAGUGCUGGAGUUCUCUGUUCUGGACAACAAACCUAAGAUGGUGAGCCUACCGCUGAUGUUACAACAGACCUUGAAGAAGUGUUGUGUCACACUAGGAUUGCUGGAUACAUUCAUCAGCAUUGCCUACUCCCUCCACAAGAAAUUUGCCAGAAGUUUUUAUAAUGAACUGUCCAGCAUACUAGAGACGACUUUUGGGCAUUGUUGUGUUACUAACCAGGCCAGGGUAGGGCGAGUGUACAUCCAGGAGUUCCUGUCCAGGACACACCAGUGUGGCUUACUGCUGGACGAGGAUGAAAGUAAGGCGUAUCUUGUUGUGCCAGAUAUGAGGAAGUUCUCACAGGAGAUUGGAUGUUUAGAGACAAUGGCAGACAACUUGUCAGCUGACUGCAGUGACACCUAUUGGAGCUACCAUCACCAACUCCAGGGACAGCCACACAAGAUUCUUGUUGGUGUCUUGGAUCUUUCAUCAAAGAAUGGAAGGGUUAAGCUGAGAGAUGAUACUGGAUCUAUUGACUGUGUCAUCACCAUGACAACGACCUGUGAACGUCAUGUCUGCACAGUAAUCUGUGGUUGCUCUGACCUUGAACCUGCUUCUAACUUCACGUGCCCAUUUCUGCACCCAUGCUGUGUAGGUGCUGUUGUAGCGGUCACCGAAUUCACUGUGAUCCGUGAACAAUUUACAAGUUUGAACUCCUCAUUGAAUAAUUUGAAAAUGACAGAUUCUGACCCUAGUCCUUGUGAUACAUGUUAUGUUAUGUUUUCUAUGUUGAAUGUUGUACUGAUAUAUAGACCUACAGUACUUAGGACUCAUGAGGAACAGGUUCCUCACAAGAAGGGUAAAGUAGAUCAAGAUUACACUGGACUGCCCACUGAUACAGACAAGGGCAGACAACUGGUGUUGAUAAACCACAAGGAAACUUUGGUACUGGAUCGAAGAGUUCACAGUGAUUCACGUUUCAGGAUGGCAGUAGAAGGUCACUUCCUACAACAGACAGACGAGGAUUCCUUGGUCUGGAAUGUCAUACGGACACUGAAACAUCCCCAGGAGCAACCUUCCCAUCAACAGGACCUUCAGAAAGGUCAUCCGGACAGUGAUAAAAACCAAUCUGUUCUUAAGUCAAAAUCUGAAAACGUUCUCUCACCAGCUGUGAUAUUUUUGUUUCAAAACGAUGCAGUACGAUGGUGUCAUUCUAUUGUACCAGGAGGAAUAUACAGAGUUAUGUGUCCUACUGAGAAGCUCUGCCCACCAGGGGCAGGUUCAUGGCAGCUGAAAAAGGCAGUGGCUAAGGCGGGUGGCAGAAGUGUUCACGAAAUGCCAUCAAAUGCUCAACUUUUGAGGGUGUUCCCAAACAAGACUCAUUCUGCAGCUGGCCGUGGUUCUGAAGGGAACCUGUCAAUCAAGGAGAUCCUGACAGAAAGUUGUGGUGCCACACUGGUCAGUUUUGAGGGACUCCUAGUAAGACGAUGUCCUGUCGAGUCGGACAACCAUCUUACAUCUACAAAGAGACCACUGUCUGCUGAUCAUCAUUUAAAUACACAGCUAGGUGUUGGUUGCCCUGACGGUUGUGGGGUGAAGGUCGUUGUGAGAUGUCGGGAGUCAGGGGAUGAAAUGGACGUGUACUUUAACCUUGACUCCUUUGUGUACCCUCUGGGUUUAAUCCCCGGGGUGGGGGUAUGGUUGGAGCGGCUGGAAAGAAAGGUGUCGCGGAGGAACAACGUCUACUGUCAGUUUAUAGCUGUGUCCUGUCUUCAUGUUCAGUACCACACAGAUAUGGACAGUGACGCACCUUCUCCAGACCACAACCUAGGAACAGUUCCUACUCACCUUGUGUACUUGGCUGAUCUAUGGAGAAAUAAGAUCCAAGGGUCACCCUUUCCUGUCUGUUGUCAUGUACAGAGGUUCCUCAAACUGUCCCUAAAGUGGGUGUGUCACCACUGUGGGGCAGUCUGUGUCAGUGAGGCCUGUAGUAACCCUGGCUGUCGGGCAGAUCAUGGUACAAGGUUUCUAGCAAGAGCUAGUGUUAUUAUUGAGGAUGGGACAAGUGCUGCUAUAGUAACCGUCAGGGAUGCUGCCAUACAGAAGUUGCUGCUGCUGUCAGACAGAGAAUGGUCGAGUGUACAGAGUGUGGUACAAACACAAGGAGAAAUAUUUCUCCAAAAGACACGUCCGGAGUUUGGUAGUCCAGUGGAGAUGUUUCUUUAUCAAUUAUGCGAGAGCUCGCUCGUCAAGAAGAACUGGGAGAUGUGGCUAAGGACCCGGACUGGGGCGUCCUCUGACUGGUCAUCUGGUGGGAAUCUAGAUAAUUUGACCUUAGAGGAGUUCAGUUUGAAGACUGUGGACACUGGCCUGGCGACCAUGGAAACAAGAUGUAUGCCCUUCCUACAGCUGGACUGUGUGGAGGUCAGAACUAUAGACUACAGGAAGUGGACUCUACUGUGUCUAAAGUAACCAUGGAAACAUUAUCAGGAUGGUCACUUCAGGACUAUAGCUUACAGGAAGUGGACUUAACUUUGUCUUAAGUAACCAUGGAAACAUUAUCAGGAUGGUCACGUCAGGACUAUAGCUUACAGGAAGUGGACUUCACUUUGCCUUAAGUAACCAUGGAA